GAUGGUUAACCUUUGUUUCGGUGCACAGUCAGCGCUGCCUUGACAUUGUCUGAAGUUUAAUAGAACUGGCAUAUUAAUUGGCGGGAUUUUGCGCAAUAAAACAUUACUUCGCAUCAUCAGCUGGCAUAUAAAUGCGACAAAAUGUGCAUUUAGCGGCUGGUCACGAGAUAGCGUUUAUGUUGUAUGUGCCUGUGAGAUAUCGGGUGCCUUUUCCAGGGUUUCGUUUAUUUAUUACAUCGCAGUAAUUACUUGCAAAACAAUAUGGUUGCACUGGUUAUAUUAGCUUUUUUAUUGUGCUUCAGCGUAAACUCUGGUUAUGCGGCUAUUUUGAGUACUAAUGAUCCACGAUACACUUUAUGGCCGGUAUUGUUUAACACCGAUCCCUAUGUGCGUGUUCCCGUUUACGUGGAAAAGGCCAGAUAUGAUUUACAAACGCAGCUGAACAUCAAUGCCUCGCUGUUGGCGCUGAACACGGACCUGACCGGCUGCCUCCAGUUUGUCCAAGUACCGUCACCCACCAAUGUCGGUCGGGAUUUCAUCUAUGUGUCUCCUGUCUCGUCCACCGGAGCAGCACAACAGACCUGCGGCACCGUUCCCGGCCAUCUGGCCGGCAGCAACCCCGGUGGGCAGAAAAUGUACAUCUUACCAGGCACCGGACCAGGCCAAUGUGGCGGCUCUGUUCGGCAGAUAAUGGGCAGAUUCGCUAACGCCAUAGGACUGCGCAACGAGUACCAGCGCAACGACCGUCCUAUCACCGUAACUACCGGCAACAUCGCCACCAGCUUGGCGAACAUCGGGGCCAGUAUGUACGCGGCAUACACUGCCAAUGUCACCGUCUACCCACAGAAUACGGCCUAUGACUACAACUCCAUCACGCAGAUUACACCGCAGACCAACGCCAAUCCGGGAGUGAGCAUGUUCACCAAUCCCGGAGGACAGGCCAGUCCCACACUGAAUCGGCUCAGUAAUAUUGAUUGUAAUGCGAUCAAGUGGCGGUACAACUGUAACAGCAAUGUCGUUUGUGCUGAUCCUUAUGGACAGCAGACACCCGCGAACAACAACAACAACAACAUUCCACCUAAUAACGGCCAGCAAACAAAUCCACAACAGCAGCCAUCCGGGCCCGUUGAUCCAACCGACCAGUUUUGAUUUGCUCGUCGCCGUUUGCGCCUACUAUGGGACAUUUUCUUAGUUAUCCAAAUUAAUUAAUAUUUUACACGGUUUAAUUAUGUGUAGCGUUCACAUUUGCAAGCCGGCAAUGACAGUUAGCCGGUUAGUCAGACAAAUGGGUUUAUAUGCAGAAAUAUUAUACUCGUAGUUUAUGGCGUAAUUGGAGUUGUACAUGGGUCAUCCAUGCAAUACUGCUAUAAAUUCAUGCUGUUCCAUCAUAACCGUGUUCGUCAUAUUUUGCGUAUUUAAAAAAAUUCCGAUUUACCCGUCGCUUUGUGUGCUGUUCUCCU